AUCUCCUCAGGCGACGUGAUGGUAUUGACUGUGUCUACAGACGACGUCAUGAACGUUUUGCUCCUCACUGCAUCAGACAGGUGGAGAGAUUCGGUGGAGGGAGUGUUAUGGUGUGCGGAGCCAUCUCAUACACCCGGUUAUCGGAGCUUGUGCUUGUCCAAUCUAACGGGCAAUCGAUACAUCGACAAGAUUCUCCGCCCGCACGUCCUUCGUCUUGUUGACCUUCAACGGCAGCUCUUCCAACAGGACAACGCCAGGCCUCACACAGCACGUGCCACCGUGGACUACCUGGCCAAUAACAACAUCAAAACCCUUUCCUGGCCCUCCAAAUCCCCGGAUCUAAACCCAAUCGAUCACAUUGACAACAAAUCAAAAGCAGAGAACCAGAAUUAAAGCACCAAUCAAAGCUUCAGAACCACGAUUUGCGAUCCAAUGAAAACCAGUAAUCAGUAAUUCAGAUCACUGGGCUAGAGAAGUCGCAUGGCGAAACCGAAGGUAAACGGUACAUAAAGCGGAGAUCCGAUAAAUUUUUGAGUCUUAGCUUACAACGACAGGUGCAGUCUGUGAGUAUGCAAGCAUUCAGACGCUUAAUGCAUGAUCGGUGUGCUCCCAUAACCUUGGGAUGUCACUUUUAUUGACUUUAGGCCUGACAUCAUUUUAUCAUAUCUGGUAUGUAAAGCACAGCACGCCGUUGUUGUUGUUAUUGUCCUUUAGACCCUCGGUGAUGCACAGCAUCGGGUGGGUGAGUGAGUGAGUGAUUGGGGUUUAACACCGUAGCCGUAUUUGGGGGAGGUAUAUAUUGUGUAAAGCAAAUAUCCACUUCACUUUUAUGGGGAAACGCCAUUACAAAUUAAUCACCCCCUCCACUUCACGGAUGUCACCCGCUCGAACGGCCAGCCAGUUUAUGAUGGGGUGAGAUGGAAGAAAUUCUAGCGGCAUUUGAUCACUUGGAUGUGAUUGCAUUGAUUAGUGUUAAAGCGGUCUAUAAGUUGAUUUAUUUCUCUGAGAUUAAAUAGUUAAAAACUCGGGAAAUAUUUCCGUCGGCUAACUUGUAAAGAAAUACAAGAUGAACAUCUGAACCCAUGUUAAUGUUGACUCCAGCCAGUAAUCUCCUGAUAGGUAAUUACAGGAGCCUGCUUCCAAGCUCAGCAGCCUAUCCUCAUUAUCAGAGUGUGUUUUUCAAACAGUUUUUACAGUUUAAAGUGCAGCCUAGUGCAAGUUCUAUGGAUUAUCAGGUUGUUCAAAUGGAAAGCACAAUUCAUUUUAUUAAACUAAUUUGUUAAAUUAGCUUCUUGUCAUAUAAUGUUUGACAAGUUAAUUGCACAUGGGCUGACUUUCUGUCCUGGCGAUACCUUGAGAUUUUACCAUGCAUACUACAUGUAUUUCUCAAGCUAAUUUUGAGUGAAUCCCUCAGGUUGAGAUUGUCUGGACAGUGUAACAGGUUGGUCUGUGUUUCCCAUGAGAAGAUGCUGCUUCUACUGACCACUCUAAACCUUUAUGGCUUUUUAAUGGCCCGGACAUCUGGUAAGAUGGUAGCCCCAGUGUUCAUCUUGCCAGCAGCCUAUCAGGAAUGUCCUCUUAGUUGAUGUGAUAUUCAGCAGCCAUGGUCCAUGUAAACUCUGUAUAAGUGUCCCUUGGGAAAGUUAUAGGCAACAUAUCUGUGCUGCAGUAUUUCACUUGCUGGCUCAGACAAAAAACAAGGGUAUGUAUGUGGCCCCUAUAUAUGGAUAGUUAUAAGAUACUGAUACUCUUAAAUUAAUUUCCACAUGUAAUAACCUGUGCAACUAUGUAAUUCUGUGUUAUCCUGGUUUGUUAGUUUUGUUUAUGGCAGCAGCAAUUUAAUGUCCGUCCUAAUCCAGGAUGGGGGAAAUAUCAUGUUUUUGAGAUUUUUAUGCGAUAUAUGUUACAACCAAAUAAAUAUACUUAAGGUGAGAUAAUGCUAUCAUCAUUUGUUCUUUUUCAGUUUACAAUCAUGUCUAGUGUCUUAUAUCCUAAAUUUCGAAAGAGUGAAACAGGCGAACUUCUCCUCAGUGAUUCUGUGGAAGGGAGGCUUGCAGCUGCGAAUCGCCCAAAGUUGUCACCAGUGCUUACCACUGCAGUUGUACACAAAGAGGCCAGGGAAAGAGUCACUGCCAGGCAAGGCGAUUUAACUGUUGAAAAAGAUGUACUUGGUGAGUACAUCCUCCAGUGUGGGAAGUAUAGGGGAAAGUGUUUCCGGUGGCUUUUGGAGAAUGGCCCUGGAUAUUGUGGAUGGGUUGUUGGACAGAUCAUUAAGGAUGAAGGGAAACAAGACCUGUCUAGUGUUCAGCAAAGACACAACAAGGCUGCAUUUAAGCGCUACAUGCAAAUGUUUGAGGAGGGGCGCGCCAUUAUUCAAAUGAAAAGCGAAGAAAAAUGCAAGUCAAGCACCUCUCAGUUGAAGGCCCUUGUCACAACAGAGCGACAGCUAUCAACUGGGGCCCUUGUGCAGAAGGCCAAGACACUUUUUGCCCCACCUAAGGUGAAACCAAACAUUCCAUCGUAUCAGUCACCUCUGAUUGCUCAAGAAAUCAAACUGGGUACUUCAGCACAGGAAGAUCGAGAUCUGGUCUCGGUUCUUGAACAUAUUGAAUCGACUGAAAUGUCGGACGCCACUGAAGUAUCUUCAGAAGUUCCAGAUGAACUCCUCUUGUAUCAAGGCUGGAAAUCUACGCUGCCAAAAGAGGACCAGCAGUGGAUAUCCAAAACAUUUUUCAGGAGGAACCCCCGGACCAACAAAAUUGAGUUCCGCUCUGAUAUCUUGAUCAAACUGUGGCAUACACCACCCCCUCCAAGUAUGGCAUCUUCAGCCCGAAACAAAGUUGACAGAUACUUCAGUCAUCAAUUGUUUUUGUGGAUAGCAGUUAAUUUUUGGGGAGUAAAGCUUCUUUGUCCACAUGGCAGUGAGUUGGGGAAAAUGUGGUGGAGUGCUGACCAGGGCAGGGUUCCACCAGAAAACAAGGAUGGUGCUUGA